CUCCUCUACUCUACCUGCACAUCUGCUGCUGGAGGACUCACUUCUUCUUCUUCCUUUUCUCUGAGGAUGUUUUUUCUUUUCUCUUCCAGGAACAGAAACCCAAAGAAAACUGGUCAGAAAUAAAAAAGAAUGAGUGAGUGGAAACUAAAAGCCGGAGCUCAGAGAGUUGGUGAAUGUUUGACUAAAUGAGCCGCAGUUUAAACUCAGGAGGCAACAGCAGAGUCAGCAGAUCUCCUCCUCCUCCUCCUCCUCCUCCUCCUCCUCUCUUUACACAUCCACUGUUUUAUUUAUUUAAUUACUAUUAUUUCUCUGAACUAAAGCGUCCUGGAUGCGGGCUCCUUCUCCUCCUCUGACGCCGCUAACUCGGAACUUCUCCAGCCUCUCGUCCGUCCAGCAGCGGUGCGUCGUGGCUGUGCGUAAAGAGCAAACCCUCCCCUUCGUCCCGGGAGCGACACCUCUCCAAAGCCUCCAGUGAGGAGAAAAGGAGAAACUACUACUUUGUGUGUCCGUAGAUUUUAAGAAAGCUAAGCAGCAGCAUGGACGUAUUCAAGACCCGGCUGUUGGGGAUUUCCGUGGCCGUGGCGCACGGCGUCUUCUCCGGAUCCCUGAACAUCUUACUCAAGUUCCUCAUCAGUAAUUAUCACUUCGGCUUCCUGACGCUCAUCCAGUUCCUGACCAGCAGCACCGCGGCGCUCACCCUGGAGACCCUGAGACGUCUGGGGAGGAUCAACAUCCCGCCCUUCAGCCUGCAGCUCUCCAAGGAGUUUGCGUCGGUGUGCGUCCUCUCCACGCUGCAGUCCACCCUGACCCUGUGGUCCCUGCGUGGCCUCAGCCUCCCCAUGUACGUGGUGUUCAAGCGCUGCCUCCCGCUCUUCACCCUCAGCAUCGGCGUGUGCGUCCUGAGGAACGGCGUGCCGUUCGGCGUGGUGACCGCCGUCAUCAUCACCACCGGAGGAGCAGCGCUGGCUGGUGCUGGCGACCUCACAGGAGACCCCUUCGGUUACAUCACCGGCGUCUUGGCGGUGAUCAUCCACGCCUCCUACCUGGUUCUGAUCCAGAAAACUAGUCUGGACAGCGAGUACGGACCACUCACUGCUCAGUACGCCAUCGCCAUCAUGGCCUCACCGGUGCUGCUGGUGUGCUCCCUCAUCUCCAUGGACGCCAUCCACAUGUGGUCCUACGAGGGCUGGAAGGACCCGCACAUCACCGUCAUCUUCGUCCUCUGCAUCUUCAUCGGCUGCGCCAUGAACUUCACCACGCUGCACUGCACCUACAUCAACUCGGCCGUCACCACCAGCUUCGUGGGCGUGGUCAAGAGCAUCGCCACCAUCACCGUCGGCAUGCUGGCGUUCAGCGACGUCGCCCCCACCGGGCUGUUCAUCGGCGGCGUGGUGGUGAACACCAUCGGCUCCAUCACCUACUGCGUGGUCAAAUACUAUGAGACCAAGAAGAAGAGCGCGUACGAGGAUCUGGAGGAGGCGGGGAAGGACGGCACGCUGCCUGGCGAGCCUUAUCAGGAGAAACCACCUGUGAACGGCACCGGGCCCGCCCCCGAUCCAGAAUCCGAUCUGGGACACGUGGACACGGAGGGUUUGGUGCAGGACGAGGCGGAGGCUCAUGCUCCUAACGGGGAGUUGUGGACAGGAGACGGUGGACAAGGAGACGGAGAAGGAGGCGUGAAUUCUCGCGUCAUGACGGAAAAAGAGGCGCUGGAGAUGCAGAGGGAGCACCUCCACAAGGAGAGCGCCCCCUCUGGUCAGUCGAUAAGUGACAGCUACGUAGGGGUGUGGAGGUCCAUCAGACACCUGCAGUUCAUGAAGAAAGACCCUUUGAUCGACAACAUGGAGCAGCAGAGUCCCUGAGAACCGGACAGAGACCUGAACAGACUCCACGACUGGAAAUAAAUUGACAGGAUUUAAAAAACAAGAAGAAGAAAAUAAAAGACUGAACCUCCGUGUCCACCAGGAACCUCUUUUAUCAGCAGUGCCUGACAAAUGCUCGUCAGUCACGUUAGCUGCUGUUGCUGCGAUACCUCAGCUCAGUUUCAUCACCCAGGACAGAAGAAGAGGUUCCCGGUGGAGAAAAGUGGAUGAAGAGUUUGGGGAGCAGCAGCCCGUCGGUGAUAAAACCUUUGAUGAGGAGGAGGCAGCGAGGAUCAGGGGGGUCGCAGCGUAGCAUGAUUUAGCCAGCUAGCCGAACACAAGCAGGCCUCAUAAAAAAAAAAAUUAAAAAAAAAGAGUGCAUCUUGUCCAAACCGGAAUAUCACAAGCAGUCAGGGAACAGCAACUGAAAGUUUCCAUUUUGUGGAUGAAUAAUUGUUUGUAAGUGGCCGUGGAAGUCUAACUGAGUUUGUUUGUCCUUAUUGUCACAAACAGAACUUUAUCAGCUCCCGUUUGGAUGGAAAAGAGUCUGGAGAUAACAGUGUCAUUUUCUGCUCAUUUCCCGUUUUUAGUUCUACCACUGCAGCGAUCAGUGUUUGGGUGUCACUACAGUUUAAUCCAGGAUCGUAGGAACAAAACUGAGAUUUGUCGAGUCAGAUUAAAAAAAAGACAGUGCACCUUUUACCAAAACUAAUUAGCCAAUCAAUUUAAUUGGCAUUUGUUUUCAAAAAGCUCCUUGUCUCAUCUCAUCUUCUACUACCAGUGGGGCGGACAGGUCUCCAGUCUAACGCAACACACACACACACUCACACCUAGAGUCACCAAUCAGCCUAACGAGCGUCUUUGGAGGUGGAAGGAAUCUGGAGCUGGAGGCCCAAUCUGGACUCGGCUCUGAACCUUCACGCUGGGAGGCAUCGGUGCUAACCGCUAAAGCCGCCGCGCUGCCUCUAAGCUCAUUGUGUUAAAUGUAAAAAUAUCAGAUUAGUUAACUGAAGUAAAUCGUUACGGUAGGACUGUCCUAUCACCAAUCACACCUCUGUUCUGGAGAGAAAAGUUGGAUUGUGAGUGGGAUGUUGUAAGACAGUGUUGCCUGAUGGUAAUUGACAAAUUAUCGUACCAGAAACUUAAAAUUAUUGUAUUUUUAGGAAAAUUAUCGUACACAGCCGAUUUGACUUUGCGCAGUAAAACUUCACCACAGACACAUAUAGUACAGCUUAUAAUGCAGUUUUACCUUUAAAUAAACCAACAGCCGUGUGUUGGUGUGAUACCUACCACACCGUCCUUCUGAUGAAGACUCGUCCUCUGCUGUUCGUUCAGCUGGGAACUGUUUCUCAAGCCUCAUUCAGCAACCUUCACAUGCCCUCCGUACAACAGCUCCUCACACCUAAUCCCUGGGAACCAGCCUAGCUUAGCAUCAAGACUGGAAGCAGAAAAACAACCAAACCUACCAACACCUCUAUGAUCAGCAUUAACUAAAUCAAAUGUAAAAGAAAUCAUUAUCAUUGUCAACCUGCUGAUAUCUACAGGGGUUAAAUCUACACAUGCAACACAUUUAGUCAAAUCUGCACCCAGAGGUUGGCUUCCUGAGCUACGUCCAUCGCCGUCCUCCGACCUCCAGGCGACUCGCUGGCAUCUUUCUAAUGAGAUCAGCUGAAAUCAGGCUGUGUGAGGGACGUGUGGGCUGGUGAGACGACCAGAUGUCUGGAGGAAUUAUUCACAUCAGCCCAUUGGAGUCAAGUCUCCUCCUCUCACAUGUGGGCUGACCCGUCACAGGGCGGACGUUUUAAAUGAGAGCUCUGUGCUAACGACCACAUCUGGCCCACUCAGUCUGACAGCAGAUGUAGAAGUCUGGGUCAGUUUUCAGAAUCUUUUAUCGUCAUCGCUGAUAUUUCAGGAAAAUGUGUCAAGAUUGUUCCAGCAAAAAACGAACAACAUGUCAACUUUAACCGACUCUUUGAGGCUUUUAAACAGGCAGUUGGUUUAUUUGGAUUCCCCAACAUCAGUCACAUGUUUGAGAGCAAGGAGGGGAUAAGCUUAGCUUAGCUUAGCUUAGCAUGAAGACUUGAGACUGGGGGAGACAGAUCACCCACCAGUUAAAGAUAGAAAAUACAUCUACCAACACUUCUCUGAGACUUGGAAACAUCCUGAGGAAAAAUCUGCUCCAGUAUGUUUCAUAAGAACAAGCUGACACAACUGGACAUGUCGGGUUUCUUUUAGAACUGAAGAAUCAGAUGAAACAUCCUCAAGAAACACAACAAGUCCAAGUGUCCUUGUUUCAUCUUGUAUUGUUGGAUGAACUCCAGACUCCAGACUUUUAUCAGUUUGUUACUGUCUGUUCCAAUUCAAAGAAGCAUCUGACCACGUAGAGCCCAAACACCCAGAUGUGUUCUUACCCAUUUUAUAUGCGAUAUUUUGUCAGGUGUCCCACAAUGCAACUGGAAGGCGUCAUCAAAUACCAGUGUUACCAGACGAGGAAUGACGAAUUAACGUGUUUAAGCUUCAGAUGAUCCUAUUUUGAGAAAAAUGAUCAUACGUACCUGAUUUGACGUUGCUCAGUAAAACAUCACCACAGACCACAUAGUGGAGCAGUUUUACCUUCACUAAUAGUCAUGUACUGAAGGGUUCAAAUUAUCGUGCAUUAUGGGAUUUUUGGAAUUAUUGAUCAUACAGAUGGUUCAUUUUUAGUUUUCUAAUUCAGAUUAAAGGAAAUAAAAAUCAAAUAAUAACAUCCUCCUUUUCAGUUUAAACUUCUGAAUAAAAAACAGGUUUCUCUUUUCAUUUUUUUAUUUUGUUGUUGGAUUUAACAAUAAAACUGUUAAAACUGUUAAAGUUUCUUUUUGGUUUUGGAAGUGAAUUGUUGAAAAAAACAAAAGAAAGAAAAAUGAGUAGUAGUAGUAGUCCCAUCCAUGAUGACCAGUGGUCCAGGAAGUAGUCUCAUCCAUGGUGACACCCAAAUUGUGAAAGUAUUUAAGUCUUGCACAAAGUAAAAAACCCACCUACAUGGAUAAACUGCCCCACAGCCCCAGUUCCAGAUCACUUCAUAGAUCCACAGGGAAAGUAUUUUAUCCAACGACUCACAAGAUAAGAAAAAGCAUAAAUGAACAAGACAUAGAUGUAAGAAUGAAAUUUACAAAAAAUAUGCAGUAAAUAAAACUUUUCUCCAGCUUUAAUUACAUUCCUGAAUCCUCUCUCCAGCCUCUUUUCUCCGUUUAACUCCAACAAACAGGGAGCAUUUAUCUUCUUGUCCUCGGGCGUCUUCGUGAAUCGUUCAGGGAGAAUAAAGCUGUCAACCUGAUAUUGAUUGAUAUUGAUUUUUCUUCUCACACUCCACAAACUUCAUUUAACGGUACAUGAGAUGAGCUGUCCCCUGGAGCUGCAGUGAUGGUGGGGGUGGGGUGGGGGGGUCCCGUCCAUGACUAACACUUGAAGAAAGGAUAAAGGAUAAAUGUAGUUGUUAGAGCAUGACGCGUGUUUUCAGGGUGGUGAUGAGUCGCUGGUGAACUGGUGAUGUGACGUCUGACUGGUCCUGACGUUCAUUUCUAAAAAGCUGCAGGUGCAUGAAUGUAUUUGAAAUGUUUGUUGUUUUUUUUGUUUCCUGCUUAUAUUCAAAUCUAAAGAAUCACUGUGAAAACCUUGAAGGCCUGGAUGCUGACCAGAGCAGAACAUUCAGACCGGGUUUGUUCAGGAAAUAUGAGGCAGCUCACAUUAAAUCACUCUCUUUAACUCACUGUCCUGCGUUUCUUCUGCAUAUUUACAGAACGUUGACAUUGUAUUAGAGUCUGAUGAGUUCAUCAUGUCACGUCAGUCACAGCGUUUGUUAAAUAUACCAAAAUAAUAAUGAUUCAAAAACCUAGAAAUUCAGAUUUUCUUCCCCAUUUCCUGUUGAUUUCUUAGAAAAAGGUGUAAUUUGACAUUAAUUAUACAGCAAACUCUUUCAGUUUGUGCUACCAUGGCCUCUUUCUUUCUUUGAUUCCUUUUUCUUUCUUUUGAGUCUUUUAUUUAAAAGGUAAUAAACUAAUAAAGAUAAUAAAGAUU